UUCUAGCAAACGAUUUAACACCUCGCAAAAGGGGAAGCGGUGGGCAGUCAAAAACCGUUGAUAGCGUCGUUGGCAUCGCUUGGCUUCGUGGUUCUGUCGUCGUAUUUUGGUCUUCGCUGAGGUCUGCAUAGAGAUGCUGCAGAAGGGACGGAUUGCUGUCAUUCUGGUCAUCCCAUUGAUGUGGAUAUUUGUCACUUUUUGGCCAUCGUCAACACCGGGAGACCAGACCAGAGACCACGGCCAUUCUGCCAGCCUGCCCCCCAUCUAUGUCAUCACGCCGACCUACCAGCGUCCAAUGCAGAAAGCCGAACUGACUCGUCUCACCAACACUUUUCUCCACGUGGCUAACCUUCACUGGAUCGUGGUGGAGGACUCGCAAACAAAGACGCCGCUGGUCAGUCGUCUCCUCCAGGAAAGUGGACUCAACCACACUCACCUCAACGUGAUGUCGCGUCGAGAUGUCAAUCGUCAAUCCAUCAGGGGGAUAUCACAAAGAAACCUGGGCUUGCAGUGGCUAAGGAGUACCUUCAAUGUGAGGAAACCAAAUCCUGGUGUUGUGUACUUUGCAGAUGACGACAACACUUACAGUCUGGAACUGUUUGAUGAGAUGCGAUGGACCCAAAAGGUCUCAGUGUGGCCCGUCGCAUUUGCGGGGAGUCUUCGGUACGAGUCCAUCAAAGUCAACGCCAAGGGAAAGGUGUACGGCUGGGAGGUUGCGUACGCCCCAGAGCGAGCCUUUGGCAUCGACAUGGCUGGCUUUGCGGUCAACCUGCAACUCCUCCUGUCCAAACCAAAGGCUGAUUUCAAGCUGCAACCGGGACUCCAGGAGGGCAGCCUACUCCUGGAUCUGGUUACCCUCGACGACCUGGAGCCCAAAGCAGAUAACUGCACCAAGGUCUUGGUGUGGCACACCCGCUCACAAGCGCCUGACUUGUCUGGUGAGACUAGAUUUAAACACUCUGCCAAUAUGGAGACGUGACAUCCACGAGGUGAAAGAGUGGUGAAUAAAGUGGAUAACUGCAGUGGAACCUGUUACAGUUAAAGUUAAAAUGUUCAUUGUUCAGGAAUAAACAUAAUGUUAUAGAUUAUGUAUAACUUACAAGUACACACCAUUAAAAUGUGUCAGUCACACCCCGUGUGACUUGUGGGACCUGUUCUGUGGUUUUUCCUUUUAUUUCCUGUGCUAGGCUCUUAUUUUGUAUCUUGUUUCCAGUUUUGCACCAUCUUUACAUUCUUUGUGUACCUGCUAGUUCAGCUGGUAUAUACCAGAAUGUGGUACGUUCUGCUCGUCAAGGCGAUGGAGGCCAAGUGCACACAUCAGACGUGAUUCUGCGUGAACUGAGAGCCAGCAGGUUUUCACAUUUGAUUCUAGACCCGCUCCCAGUACCUCACUUCACCCAUCCAUGACCUUGA